GUUUGAGCUCCUUUCGUAUCUCGGCUUGCCCAAACGCGACAGGCUCCAUUAAACGGAGAAUUCUAAAGGCUUUGCAUUCUUACACAUUCUCUCUCUGUUAGGGUUUCUGGAGAAGUACUUACCCUCACAACCGAGGAUAAUUGAUUUCAUUGCUCAAAAAUCAGGAUGUGGCGUAGCUGAUAGCGUUUCAGUUCGAGGUGGAACAUAGAACCCCAAGCGCUAGAGAAAGACUAAAAGAUCCUUGCGAGACACAGAUCAUAGUGGAAGCGAGUAACCGUCUUUUUCCCAAAAGAGUUUUAGUCUAAGCAUUGCCAGCAAGAGGAUGGGUGAUGAACCUUUUGAUGGCAAAGCUUUGACAGAAAAGUUGUCUAAACUUAACGGUUCACAGCAGUGCAUUGAAUCAUUGUCUCGAUGGUGCACUUCUUUUAGGAAGAAAGCCAAACAAAUUGUUGAGACAUGGGAUAAAUUGUUUAAAUCUGCACAGAAAGAGCAGCGCGUUGCCUUUUUAUAUUUGGCCAAUGAUAUACUGCAAAAUAGUCGCCGCAAAGGUAAUGAGUUUGUCAAUGAGUUUUGGAAGGUCCUCCCAGCAGCUCUUAAGGAUGUUUUUGCAAGUGGUUAUGAACAAGAAAAGAAAGUUGCUUCCAGAUUGGUUGACAUAUGGGAGGCGAGAAAAGUCUUUGGAUCUAGGGGUCAAAUUCUAAAAGAUGAGCUGCUGGUAAAAGGUCCUCCUUUAUUAGGUGGCAAUGUUGAAAGCGUGGGGAAAAGUCCUUCAUUAGUUAGUAAUGCAAUUAACCCAAAUCCUAUAAAGGUCAUAAAGAGAGAUACUCAUUCCCUGAGAAUUAAACUGGCCAUUGGGGAAAUUCCUGAAAGAAUUAUAACAGCAUUCCAAGUGCUGUACGAUGAAUGUACCAAUGAAGAAGGUGCCUUGAACAAGUGUAAAGAUGCUCUUUUUCAUUUCAAAGAAAUGGAGAAUGAUAUUGCGAACGUAUUCUCUCAGGGGACUCCUCAGGGAUCUGAAAUGUUGGAUAAGAUUCAAGAACAGGAGAACGUACUUAAGCAAUGUGUUACCCAACUAGAGUAUGUUGAAGCAUCCAGGACAUCCUUGGUUUCUAAGCUUAAAGAAGCAGCUGACAAUCAAGAGAAUAAACUGGAGCAGCUACGGAGUGAUUUGAAGGCCGCUCGUAUGCAGAUUGAGCAAGCUGCGGAUAUCAUCGAGAGGUUUAGAUCUUCUCCUGUUCUACAUCCAACAAUAGAAGAAGCAGCAAGGACAAGUGAGACAAGUCCUUAUCCUGUGAUUCCAUUGCCUACAAAUCUUCCUCCUGUCACUUCAUCUUCAUUUGCAACUCUGAAAUCUACAACCGAUGAGGAGAGCAGCAAGAGAGCAGCAGCUGCUGCUGCAGUCGCUGCAAAGCUAACUGCUUCGACAUCCUCUGCCCAAAUGCUCACAUCUGUCCUCUCUUCCCUUGUUGCUGAAGAGGCUGCUGCCGCCUCUGCCUCUGCCUCGACUAGCAGCAGUGCCUUAAAAAGAGGUCCAGUGGGCUUCUCUUCUAAUUUACCUGAGAAGAAGAGGCUGACGUUGGACAAUCCAGCAGGGGCAUCUUUAUCAUCUGAAAAUAAUGUGGAUGGAGGUAAUUCUUCAUCUACUCCAUACUUUUGUGGCACAAUUUCCCAGUUCUCAUCUCCGCCCCCUCCUCCUCCCCCCAUCCCUCCACCAAAUUCCGUCACUUCCCCACUAGUUCAAUCUGCAGCUAUGAUUAUGGGGGGUUUGAGCUAUGGGUAUGCUUCUGCUGGUCCACCCCCACCUCUGCAUCUAGCGACUGGACUAACAAGACUGCCUCCUCUCCAACCACCUCAGCAGCCAACUCAGCAGUCUAUCAGUGGUGGUGGGUAUUACCCACCACCCGGGUUUGGAUUUUAUGGACAGAGUCCUCAAACACCUCCACCUCCACCUCCGGUUCCUAGGCACUAAAUCAUCAUUUGAUAAUGCCUUGUUUCCUUCUGUACAUUAUUUGAUGGGAUGAAGUUGCUGUCUAUCUAGACAGUGGAAGAGUUUUCUCGUGUAGUUUACUUUUCAAGUUUCACAUUGACCUUCUCCCCACCGUCAACUAGAUUAGAAGAAAUAGUAUUGUGCAUGAACUUUCUUGUGUGCAUUUGUACUAACCAUGAGGGUGUAUAACUGUUUACAUGUAACAGUUGGUACAUAACUUUAAGUUUCAGAACACCCGAUAUUCUUCUUGUGUAAAGGCCCUUUUUUGUUUUUGUUUUUCAUAUUUUAUUUUGCUUUCAAUUUUGUGUAGUUAUAUGAUAUUGUUGUUCAUCUGAGUCCACAUCUUAUGGAAG